AGAGAGUGCUGCAGUCUUUCUCUCACAAAAUCCAGAAAAUGUUCACAUAGCAUAAAACUAAUCUUUUUUUUUUUGACAGCGCUCCAGAUUAAAACCAGUGUCUCACCCAUGCUAGGCGAGCACUCUGUACCCAGUUACAUCCCUGGCCUGUUUUCUUACUUUUUAAUUUGAGGUGGCCGUGCUACAGGUGGGAGUGCCCCGGAGUGGUGGAUGACAUCAUCCCACGCACAAUGUCAUCAUGCAUCUCUAGCCAGCCCAGCAGCGACCGGGCCGUGCCCCAGGAUGGCAGCGGCGAAGGCCCAAAGCCCUGUGAGGCCCUGCAGGGCCUGUCAUCCCUGAGCCUCCGCCUGGGCAUGGAGUCCUUCAUCGUGGUCACCGAGUGUGAGCCGAGCCACGCUGCGGACCUCAGCCUGGCCCGGGACCGGCCCCACCUCUCAGGUCGCAAGCUGUCCCUGCAGGAGCGGUCCCCAGGGGCGCCUGCGGCCAGCAGUAGCCUGGACACGAACGGACGCUGCAUCCACCCAUCCCUGCCCUACUCGCCCGUCGGGUCCCCGCAGUCCUCGCCUCGCCUGCCCCGGCGGCCCACGGUGGAGUCGCACCAUGUGUCCAUCACGGGCCUGCAGGACUGUGUGCAGCUGAAUCAGUACACACUGAAGGAUGAGAUUGGAAAAGGCUCCUACGGGGUGGUCAAGCUGGCCUACAACGAGAACGACAACACCUACUACGCCAUGAAGGUGCUGUCCAAGAAGAAGCUGAUCCGGCAGGCUGGCUUCCCACGUCGCCCCCCGCCCCGGGGCACGCGUCCAGCCCCGGGUGGCUGCAUCCAGCCCCGGGGCCCCAUCGAGCAGGUGUACCAGGAGAUCGCCAUCCUCAAGAAGCUGGACCACCCCAACGUGGUGAAGCUGGUGGAGGUACUGGAUGACCCCAAUGAAGACCAUCUGUACAUGGUGUUCGAACUGGUCAACCAAGGGCCUGUCAUGGAGGUGCCCACCCUCAAGCCGCUCUCGGAGGACCAGGCCCGCUUCUACUUCCAGGAUCUGAUCAAAGGCAUUGAGUACCUACACUACCAGAAGAUCAUCCACCGAGACAUCAAGCCUUCCAACCUACUGGUGGGAGAUGAUGGCCACAUCAAGAUCGCCGAUUUCGGAGUCAGCAAUGAGUUCAAGGGCAGCGACGCCCUCCUGUCCAACACAGUGGGCACACCCGCCUUCAUGGCGCCCGAGUCACUCUCAGAGACCCGCAAGAUCUUCUCUGGGAAGGCCUUAGAUGUCUGGGCAAUGGGUGUGACGCUGUACUGCUUUGUCUUUGGCCAGUGCCCCUUCAUGGACGAGCGCAUCAUGAGCCUGCACAGUAAGAUCAAGAGCCAGGCCCUGGAGUUCCCAGACCAGCCUGACAUAGCUGAGGACUUGAAAGACCUGAUCACCCGUAUGUUGGACAAGAACCCCGAGUCGAGGAUUGUGGUGCCAGAAAUCAAGCUGCACCCCUGGGUCACGAGGCAUGGGGCCGAGCCGUUGCCAUCAGAGGACGAGAACUGCACACUGGUCGAGGUGACCGAAGAGGAGGUCGAGAAUUCGGUCAAACACAUCCCCAGCCUGGCGACCGUGAUCCUGGUGAAGACCAUGAUUCGGAAGCGCUCCUUCGGGAACCCGUUUGAGGGCAGCCGGCGGGAGGAGCGCUCGCUGUCGGCCCCAGGGAACCUGCUCCUCAAAAAACCACCCAGGGAGUGGGAGCCCCUGUCCGAGCCCAAGGAAGCAAAGCAGCGAAGACAGCCUGCGGGGUCCCGACCCGGCCCCCGUGGGGGAGGAAGAGGAGGUGCUGUUGUGAGAGGUGGGCCCUGUGUGGAGAGCUGGGGGGCUGCGGCCGCCGGUGCCCCCACCCGCAUGCGUCGGCUGCAGCCCGAGGAGGCCAUGGAGCCGGAGUAGCCGCCUGGACGUCCGACCUCGCAUGUGGCCGUGUGGCCCGCGGCUCGGGCUGCUGCACCGCGUUUCCAUGGCAGCAUGUCCUACGGAAACCGAGCACGCGUGUAGAGCCUUGGCCGCCAUCUCUGGUUCUGUGCUUUUUCUUUUUUCCUUUGUUGUCUUAAAGGGGACAAAAAAAAGACUUAACUCCAUGAUGUCGACCUAGACUUACCCGCUGGCCGGACCGGUGGGUGUGAGGAGCUGCGGACCCAAAUCCAUGUGCAUUCUGGGACAGUUGCUUUUUAAAACAUUUUUAUGCCCCAAAUCCUUCAUCGUGAACUCAGAAUCGCGUCAGAUGUACCGAGCGAGUGUGUGUGCGGUGUGAACACAGGGAAGGAGGCAGAGCUCUGGCGGCCGUGGCUGCGGAAGGCGGCCCUGCAACUGGCCAGGGAGAGGGCGGCUCGAGCCCUGCGGCCCUGGCGGCCCUUCCUAGCCCACGAGGCCCAAGCCUGUGCCUGCAGCUGCCAGGAGCUGGAUGCAACUUCAUUUGCAAGCAGGACUUUUAAAUUUUUUAUGGUAGAAUGUAGUCAGGAAAAUGGGAAGGGCUUGACAUUUAAUUGCUUCUCGAGGGGGAUUUUCCACCCUAGAAAAGCACUCAGCAGCCGUCGCGGGAGGAGGUUUCCCUGGAGGACGUCACCUGCGCACAGUGGGUUCCUGAGGUCGUCGGCGGAGCGCUAGUAAAUCUCUGUUCAGUUAGGAAAAUUUCAGGGUGAAAUCCUACACUUCCAUGUACAUUACAUGGCUUAAGAGUCACCAAAAAAAUAAUUUGAAUUCUCUAACAAGACUGAACUCUGGAGAGUUCAGAAGUUAUUAGAGCUCCCAGGUUUCCGCCAAGCUGUGGAGACAGAGCCGAUGAACCCCGCAGCUGAGCUUGCUCACAGCCUGUGUGUUGCAGAGACUGCUUAGGUCUCCUCUGCAUCCUAAGUACUGGCCGGUGUGCAGGCGAGGAAGUGCCACCCAGCUCCCGGUGCACCUCGUGGGAAAUGCUCUUUUCUGGCUGAGAUCGUGAUGAUGGUCCUCAGCUCAGAUAAACUUGGUGGGACCAUGUGGUGUCAUCAGGACACCCUGUUAGGGGUGACUGUUGAUACCCAGAGCACUCCUCAGGGCACAGGGGAGCCAGGGGCGGCACUGGAUGGUCCCUUCUGUAGUCAGAAGUCCAGAAAGCAAACACUGACCCUUUCGACUUAGAGCUGCCCAUGAGAGACUGCUCUGGCGGAUUCUGACCUCCGCUUCCCAGUGCUCUGGGGGGAUCUAGUCUGUACCUGGGCUCAGAGGACCUUCUAAGGUGUCUGAGGCCUGUUCCCCCUGGUCAGCCAUUCAUAGGACCCGGAUGUUGUUGGCUUCUGUAGAUUUUCCUCAGCUCUUGAGUGUAGUUUAGUCAGACCUUUCUUGCUGUCACAUAAGGAGAUAGAAUUAGGGUGUGCUGGUUCUGAAGAGCAAAGACCGGGGUCCGGGGAAAGUUGCUUUGCCUGCUUGCUUUGUCUUUGUAGCCCAGUGCUUCCUCUUGCUGUCCCUAUUUAAAUUUAUGGGGAAGUGGUCCAGUAGUUCCACCCCUUCUGGUAGCAGGUGGGGCUGCGGGAGUUUGCAGUAAGCACCUGGAAGUGGUGAAGGCCGACGGUCCUUAGGCCCAGCCCCAGCCUGCAUGUGGACUUGGGCCUGGCUGAGUCGGCCCCCUGAGGCAGGCAGGCCGCGUGCAGGGUGCUGCAGAACUGCAGGGUUUACGAGACCGAGUGGGCAGUGCCGUCUCUCCCUGCCAUCUGGAUGUCCACGGGGACGCCAGCAGUCGCAGAGCUCCCAGCUGUUGGGGCAGGCUGGUUAGGGGAGGUCCAUGUGGAUAACUUUUCCUUUUUUAAACAAAGGAACACCAAAGAAAGCUAAGGAAAGGAACUGCCUGGCCCCAUGGAACGCCUAAGUAAGCACAGCUGUCGCUAAAGCAUUAGCGCCAGCACUUCUGGAGCACAAAAAGCCAACUCUGCCAGGAAGGGCAAAGCUGUUGACAGCUUUUCUGGCUGGGCAGAGAGGGCGCCCACACCUCCUUCCGGGCUGGCUCUGCCGUGGGGCCAGCAUGGUGGGAGGGGCUGCAGCCGGUGCCUGCGGCCCGAGGGAAGCACAAAUCUUCCACUUUCCCCUCUGCCCUUUCUACCCGCCCGUCCAUCCACAGGUCGCCAGCCCUCUCAAACCUUACCGAGCGCCUGGUUGGCAUCUGGGCUGCAGAAGCCGCCUGCCUGAGGCCCGGCCUCUCCAGGCGAGGAGAAGGCUGUGCAGGCGGAUGGGCCCGGCCCACGGCUCUCCCCCGUCGGAGGCGCCCAGGCCGCCGCUGGCCGAGCCGGGAUGUCCGCCUGCUCCCAAGGUGCUAUGGAUGGUCUCCAGGUCGUUGGCUCCCGUCCUUUCUCCAGAUUCGUGGGACUUUUGCCUUUUCUCUUAUGUGAUCAGUCCGAUGCCCCAUGAUGCCUCUGUUCUAUCCCUGAUCCUUCUACUAUGCAUUUCCCUUUACCAGGUGUAUAGAGUUAAAUACUGUGUAUUUAUCACUUACGAGUACGUGAACUUACGAGAAAGAUAAGCCUUUGAUGUUUUUCCACAGGUGAUUAAGCUUCUCUGUAAACUUGAAAUAAACACACAGCAAAAUGGUGCAAGCCUGG